UACUCACUUGCUCAAAAAACCAAAAGAGAAGAAAGAAAUGAAAUCUCUUUUUCCCUUCCUCCCCGAUUCAGCAAAAAAGCAAAAUUUUACAAGAAUCAACCACAGCCCUUGAUUCCUUUCCUUAAUCAGAACAAAACCCUCUCUGAAUCUGAUAAAAUAACACCACCCCACAAAAAAAGAAAUGAGUUUUCAUUGAUUUGAAUUUGAUUCCUCUCAGACAAAUCAUCAAACACCACUCAGGCAUAGAAAUGGGGUUUCCAAGAAAGACUCUCUUCCUCCUCGUGUUCAUGGUCUUGUUCACAAACCACUACUACUCUGAAUCGGCUUCAGACUACACAACCUUGGUCUACAAAGGUUGUUCCAAAGACACAUUAACAGAUCCAAAUGGUGUUUACUCACAAGCACUCUCAUCACUGUUUGGCUCAUUAGUGGCCCAAUCAACAAAAACAAAGUUCUUUAAGGCCACAAGUGGGAGUGGCCAAUCCACCAUGACAGGAAUCUUCCAAUGCAGAGGUGAUCUCUCAACCUCUGAUUGCUACAACUGUGUCAGCAGGCUCCCUGUCCUCUCAGACAAGCUUUGUGGCAAGACCAUUGCUGCAAGGAUCCAGCUCCUAGGUUGUUACAUGCUCUAUGAGGUUGCUGGAUUCUCAGAACAAGUCUCAGGGAUGCAGAUGCUGUUCAAGGCUUGUGGGGCAACAACAAGAAGCAAUGGUGGGUUUGAGGUGAAGAGGGACACUGCAUUCUCUGUUAUGGAGAAUGGUGUUGUGAGUGGCCAUGGAUUCUAUGCUACUAGCUACCAGGGUUUGUAUGUGAUGGGUCAGUGUGAGGGUGAUGUUGGUGAUUCUGAUUGUGGGGAGUGUGUGAAGAAUGCUGUGCAGAAAGCUGAGGUUGAAUGUGGAAGUUCUACUUCGGCACAGGUUUAUUUGCAGAAAUGCUUCAUUAGUUAUGGUUAUUAUCCUAAUGGGGUUCCUAGGGGCCAUUCUUCUUCUUCUUCUUCUGCAUCAUCAUCAUCUUCUUACUCCUCAUCUUCCUCAGGCUUCAAACACAAAACCUUUCAUCAAGGGACUAAAGUCCAUGAAAUUUUCACAUUCCUAGAUCUCAAUUUUGUGACACCAUUCACUAAAUGUCAUUUAUGUAACCUUGGUUUGAUUAUUUGGCCAAUUGAUACAACUGGCAGGGCAAAAUACCGGGAAGACAGUGGCUAUAAUAUUGGGAGGGGCAGCAGGGGUUGCAUUCUUGGUUAUUUGCUUGCUAUUUGCUAGGAGUUUGAUGAAGAAACAUGAUGAUCAUUGACAGUGGAAUAUGGUUGGCGUGAGGAAGCAAUAUUCUUCUUUGGGUUUGUGGAUUUGUUUCUAGAUAUAUAGCUUUUGUAUGAAAGAGAUGGAAAAGUUUUCUGGUAAAUAGACUUAGCUGAUAGAGAAAAGAAUCUGGGGUGGCUCAAAUGUGGGGACUACUCCUAUAGUUCUUGUAGUUAGGUAAGAAGAAGAUUUUGUUGUGAACAAACAGUAUAAUUAGCUCAUCAAAGUUAGAAAAAAAUAUUCUUAUUUUUAUUUUUGUUUUCACAUUAUUACCUUGAGGAAUGAAUGUUUGUCAUCCUUAAAUGGAUGAAAAUUUUGUGGCUUCUCCC